AUGGAGCCUUAUGCAUUGAUAGAAGCCUGGAAUGGAAACUCGAAACUGACUAAAAUCAACUUGGCAAAUGGCAAUGGCAAUGGCCAUGGCCUGGCAGAAGCAGUAAACAAACAUAUCGAAGAAGAAUGUUGGGAGAGAGAAAGAGGUGAUACAGGGUCUGGAAGGCUACACACAAAACCAUGCCGUCUUCACCGACUAAAACAGAGCCGCCGGCCGAGCUGGUCACACCUUUGGCUCGGCAACACCCACAAAGCAGCUCUCAACCAUGUCCUCUUCGCCAUGAAAACCCAACUCUUCCAUCGCUCAAACCCAAUCUCCCUCCUCUCCGACGAGCUUCUUCUCCAAAUCCUCUCCAGGCUUCCCCACUCCCAAAGAAACUCCAAUUUCCUCGUCUCAAAACAGUGGCUGAACCUUCAAGGCCGCCUCGUCCGAUCCCUCAAGCUUCUCGACUGGAACUUCCUCGUGUCCGGUCGCUUGUUUCUCCGAUUCCCAAACCUCACCCAUAUCGAUCUGGUUCACGGAUCCAUAAUUUCUCCUAGACACUCACCCAUUUUGCUGACCCACAAACUGGUUUCCUUCCACGUCGAUUCCCAUCUUUCUCCAAAUGGGUUUGCCCCGGAGAAUUACGCUUCCAUGUUAUCAGUCGAUCAAAUUGAUUCUGGUUUGAAAGCAUUAGCCUGUAGGUACCCUAAUUUGAGAAAGCUUGUGGUUGUCAACGCCAGUGAAAUGGGUCUGUUGAGUGUUGCAGAGGAGUGUCCUACACUGCAAGAGCUGGAGCUGCAUCGGUGCACCGAUCAGGUUCUGCGUGGGAUUGCGGCUAUCCAGAAUCUUAGGAUUCUGAAAUUGGUGGCAAAUGUUGAUGGGUUUUAUUAUGGGUCUUUGGUUUCGGACAUUGGGUUGACUAUAUUGGCAGAAGGGUGUGGGAGGCUGGUGAAACUUGAGCUCAGUGGAUGUGAGGGAAGCUAUGAAGGGAUGAAGGCAAUUGGGGAGGGUUGUGAAAUGCUGGAAGAGUUGGUUUUGGUUAAUCACAGGAUGGAUGGUGGGUGGUUGUUGGCUCUUUCAUUUUGUCGGAAUUUGAAGACUUUGAGGUUUCAGGGAUGUAAGAGAGUGGAUUCUGGUCUAGGGCUCGAUGAGUGCUUGGCAUCUUGCCCUUUGCUAGAGCGUUUGAUUCUUGAAAGGUGCCAAUUGAGGGACAAGGGGAGUUUAAGAGCUUUGUUUCUUGUAUGUGAAACUGUAAGGGAGAUUGUUUUUCAGGACUGCUGGGGAUUGGAGAAUGAUGCGUUCGGGAUAGCAUGCAUUUGCAGGGGGGUGAAAUUCCUAUCUCUAGAAGGCUGUUCACUGCUAACAACUCAAGGCCUGGCGUCUGUGCUGUUCUCUUGGAAAGAGCUUCAAAGCCUUGAAGUUGUAUCAUGUCAAAACAUAAAGGACAAUGAAGUUACACCUGCACUUUCAGCUUUGUUUUCUCAGCUUAAAGAGCUCAAGUGGAGGCCCAACACCAAGUCUCUCCUUUCAUCUACCCUUGCUGGCACUGGCAUGGGAAAGAAGGGAUCUAAAUAUUUCAAAAAGUACUAAAUAAAACCCUGCUUUUCAUCUAGCACGAGCGUGUUACAAAGUUCAUUUCUAUGUUUAUUUUAUUAUUAUGUAUCAAGUGAUAUCAAAACAAUACCAAACACUUCCACCGUCCCUUAAUAUUACUUUCCAUAUUAGGAUAUGGAGCAAUGUAUCAUAUGGCAUGUAAUAAAAAUCAUGUAAUAUAUAAUAGCUAUUGAUGUCAAA